AUGCGGUGUGGAAAUCGCAAGCGGCAAAUUAGCCUGAUGGUGAUGUUCAUCCGGAUGCGAGAGGAUUGCAGAAAAAGUAGAGGAAGAGGAAGGAAGGAAAAGAAAGUCUGCGCGAAGUAUUGUAGUGGGAUAAUCUGUCCCGCUGUCUGGGAAUGUCCGGCGGGAUAUGCUGAGGGGGUGGUGGUGCUGGACAGAGGCAAGUGUAAGUAUAUCGGUCAGCCACGAACCGGCUUGGUAUUAGAGGUAGUUAGUUGGGGCCUACUACCCAGACCAAAAACGAGUGACCCCCCAACGUCGGACCCGGGUUCGAUCUGGACUUUCGGACCCCGCGCCGGAAUUUCCCUCGUGGGUUCCGGUCGUUUGUCCGCAAGAAAAAAAAAAAUCCGGAUGAUGGGUCUGGUUUUUGCUCACUGGGGGGUUCGUCGGACCCGGGUUCGAUCUGGACUUUCGGACCCCGCGCCGGAAUUUCCCUCGUGGGUUCCGGUCGUUUGUCCGCAAGAAAAAAAAAAAGAAGAAGAAGAUGCUUGUACAUUCCUCGCGAGUGGUGCCAUGGGAAAAACCAGACGACCUCGGACUGCUUUCACUUCCCAGCAACUGCUGGAAUUGGAGAAACAAUUCAAGCAAAAUAAGUACUUGUCCCGUCCGAAGCGAUUCGAAGUGGCCACUUCGCUCAUGCUGACUGAAACUCAGAAGCGACAUCUACUGAAAAAAGAGCAACCUUCUGGGCGGGGCUCCGUAGGUGUCGUAGCACUAUCACUAUGA